UGACAGCUUUCUAAAAAGGGAUUUAGCGGCAGCAAGGCGCUUGUCUUCGACGCCAUUUUGCUGUCACUGAUUUUGUGGAGUGCGGAGAAGAGAAACGAAUUACGUUUACAAGUAAUUAGAGUGAAAUAAUUACAUUAGUUCUUGAAAGUUUUGUUCACCAAUAAUAAUGGCACGUUAUCGUGAAUGGGAUUUAUCCUGCAAAGUUUAUGUCGGAAAUUUGGGAAGUAAUGCCAGUAAGCACGAAAUUGAAAGCGCAUUCAGUAAAUAUGGUCCAUUGAGAAAUGUGUGGGUUGCCAGAAAUCCACCAGGAUUUGCUUUUGUCGAAUUUGACGAUCCCAGAGAUGCCGAAGAUGCAGUUAGAGGAUUAGACGGAACUCGUUGUUUUGGAACAAGAGUACGUGUCGAAAUGUCUUCAGGUAGAAGUCGUCGUGGUGGCGGAGGACGUAGACCAGGUCCUCGAUAUUCUCCAAGGUCGAGAUCACGAAGUCAAGGAAGAAAAAGUGGCAGUCGGUACCAGAGAUCCAAUUCAAAGAGUCCUCGAAGAUCAUCAAAUAAUCGGCACUCGAGAUCUCGUUCACAUUCACCACGCAGAAGAUCUAUGUCUCGAAGCCGAAGCCGAGAUCGUCGUUCUCGAUCAGACUCCCGUGACAGACGUUAAGGUGCUAAAAAUGGAAAUGACAAGUGGACAGAAAGAAGAACAGCGAAAAAUGUUUUUAUUGUAUAUAAAAAAGAAGAAAAGGAAAGAUCUUAAAACUUGAACAAGCGAAACAUUUGAUUACAAUAAAUAUAUAUAUAUAGUGAAAAAUGGUACACACUCACAAAAAUUACACAUGCAUAGAGAUAAUUGCAUAAUGUAUUCUAUUUUUCACUGAAAUUGUUUCAAGAAAUUAUGGAAUUAUCUAUUUGGACGAUUAAAAAAAAUUAUAAUAAUUGUGAAAAUUAUUAUUUUUGAUUCUAUGAUCAAAAUAAUUUGAUAUUUAUGGUGUUUUAUCUCUUAAGAAAAGAUAUAUUUCUUAAUUUUUCAUUUUUGAUCAUGAAUUUAAAAAAAUCUACUUUUAACAGCAAUCAAGUUAAUACUUCUUUUUUUUCUCUUAUAAGUCAAAUGAUAUAAUGUCAUAAAAGAAAAAAAAGUAUAGGCAUAUUUAAUAAUCAAUAGGCCAAAACGGAAGUAAAUGUUUUAUGUUGUAUUCAUUUUUUGUACUCCUAAAAAGUUAAGAUUAAUAAAGAUGUAAUUGUAUAACCAACA